AUGGUACUUCGAAAAGCAUCUGGUAUCGUGGAUGGAUUAUUUAUUCCGUAUUCUAAUCCAUCGGUCAAACCAAAUAUGAAGCUUAUCGAACCGUUUGAACCGGCACCCACAACUAUAAGCCGACGGUUAAACGACAAUAAACAGAGAUCAAAACCACGAAAAGACCGUCAAUAUAGUACUCAUUACUUUUGCCCGGUUGAUAAUUGUACGAAAGUGCUUCAGUCUGAAAAUGAACUGCUUGAACAUAUUGCUGCCGGUCUCCACGAACUGGAAAGCUCUACUGACAAAACAUCGGAUGACAUUGCACGUUUUCAAUUAUUCCAAAAACUACAGCACACAAAUCUAUCAACACUGACUAGUACACAACCGCAGGUGACGACAAUAACGACAGAUCAGCCACUUCUGCCGAAACAUAUGCUUUACUUUGAGGAUGAAGGUCACUGCCUUCGUCCAAAGCGGCAAAACAAAGCGAUUGAUCCAGAUAUUAAAUUAUUUCUUAGGAGUAUGUUUGACGAAGGAGAGAAAUUCGGAGAUAAAGUAACGAGUGAUGAAGCGGUAACACGUAUGCGAAAUGCGAGAAAGGAAGAUGGCUCGAAACGAUUCACAACAAAACAAUAUAUAACUGGAAAACAGGUACAAAAUCAAUUUGCUCAGAUAAAUUCGAAUAGGAAGAAAACUAAAUCCACUGUAAUUCUACAACAUCAAUGGAUCACGAGGUAUCAGCAGCAACCAAAUCGAAGAUAA